UGGCCGACAUCCUCUCAAUUUCCUCCGCAGUCCGCCCUCUGCGCCUUUUGCCCUCCUCCAGCAAUCGCUUCCCUGCAGCCACCUCUGCUCUCUCUCACCAGUCCGCUCUGCUUUAUCGCCGCCGAAGGCAAAGAAACGAAGAAACGCCACUUCAUCCCUCUGCUCUGUCUGCUCUGCCGGCCACUCGAAUCCAAUUCCUUGCUCUGUCGUUCGAUUCUCGUCUUCCUCUGGCCGCUCCAAUUCCAGUUCCAGCAGGCCACCGGCUGCGAGAUUAGGGUUGGCGAGCUUUUCAAUUUUCUGCAGCCAAAGUUUCGUUUCGCUCCACCAACGAUGACGAAAUUCGACGCCCUGAAACCAUCGGCCGUGAAGAAGAAAAGCAACAUGAAGAGGCUGGGAGGCGGCAGCGGGGGCCUUUCUCUUGAAACCUUCGCCAGCAUCAAAUCCACCACCAAUAAUUACAAUCCUGCCAUAAUAAAGAAGAAAAGGGAGUUUUACAAGAAUGCCAAGUACGUGGGCAAGUUUAAGAAGCAGAUGAAGCAAGAAAAUCGUCAAACUAAUCCAACACCAGCGGUAAUGGAAACAAAGGAUGGGAAUGAUACUGGUGAAGGUCAUGCGGUUGUCGAAAAGAGCGAGAAGACGCAUGAUGGGAGUGCGACUGGAGAAGGUAGUAGGAUUGUUAAAAGCGACGGCAACAAGAAGAAGAAUAAGGAUAAGAAGAAUCCAUACAGUUUGAAACAAGUGUAUGACUGGAAGCGUGAAGAGACUGAGAAAGCAAACAUGGAAAGAGAUGCAAUAAGAAAGGCAAAGGAAGUGGAAAGAGCCAGGGCAGAAGCUAAAAGGAAAGCUGCUAAGGAGAGGAUGUUGAAGAAGACGCGACAUGGUCAGCCUGUUAUGAAGUACAGGAUUGAGCAUCUCUUGCAGAGUCUUGAAGGUUCGAAAAGUUAGAAGUUUCAUUGUCUUACAGGCCUUUCUAUUCUGUGUGUUUAUGACAUCUAAUCAGAAGUUGGAACCUUGUUGACAAAAUAACCUUGAAUUGCUCUGGGAACUUGAGAAGAGAAGAUUGUAAUGUAUUUGGUUAAGCUUUUUGAGUGCAUCCCUUGUUUAUAGACUAUCAGUAAGAUUAAACUUUGAUUUAAUUCUGGAUUAGCAUCCCUU